UCUAUUUAGUACCAGCUCGGAUUCGCACGUCUGUUAUGUUGCACGGGUCGAAAGUUUAUAUUUUGGCCCUUCUGCAAGCCUUUCUCUUGGCCAAGUUGGCUGAGUCUGCUAUGUCAAGUUGCCCAAGAGAUGAGAAAUGCACCAGACUGGUCAGCUGCUCCCCGCUGAUGCGGAUCCUGAAGCCCACGGGCAUGACUCAGGCGGAGAGGGAUGUGUUUGCCCACAGGCAGUGUGGCCUGGACCCCCAUGGAAGCGAGUUGCUGCAUAAGAUCUACGUUUGCUGUCCAGAGUUGGGUGACGUCCUGCCCAGCAACCAGAGCUGCGGACCAGCGCCGCCAGAGUUCCUAACUCCGAGUGGCGGACAUGCAGUGCUCAACGAGUACCCGUGGUUGGCACUCUUGCUGUAUGAGAAUCGGCUAUCCUUGACGUGGGAUCAAGAAACGAGUUGUGUGGGCUCGCUGAUCAACAGCCGCUAUGUGCUGACUGCUGCCCACUGCGUGACCGGUGACUACUUGACCCACAAGGACCUGGUGGUGAAGAGUGUGCGCCUGGGCGAGCACAAUAAGUCCACGAAUCCCGGCUGCAUCACGUUGGACAGCGGUCAUCACCACUGCGCUCCGCCGCAUCUGCAAGUGAAUGUGGAUCAAGUUAUAGUGCAUCACGGUUUCUUUUCGAUGGGCACAACUGUCCUCAACGACAUCGCGCUCCUCCGUCUGCAGUUUCCAGUUCGAUACACGAAACAGAUCCGACCCAUUUGUCUAGUGGAUGCGGACACCCACUUACAGGGCUUGCGAAUCGCUAGCUGGGAUGCAACUGGAGGCAUUCAGACGGUGAUCAUGAGCACGAUGAAGGAAAGGAAUCCAUAUGAUUGCCUGAUUAGUUAUCCCCACUUCCAUCCCGUGUCCCAAAUGUGCGCCAGUGGAGAGCGGAAAAGGGACACCUGUGUGGCCAUGUCCGGCAGUCCGCUAAUGGGCAUCAAGGAACGUAAUUUGCACGGAUUCUUCUUUUUGGCAGGCAUUUCCACAUAUGGACAACAGCCUUGCUAUUCCCCUGGUGUUCCAGAGGUCUACACAAAAACUGGCUACUUUUUGGAGUGGAUUAAGGCCAAUUUGGGGCCCUAAUUUCAUUUCAAAUUCACUUUAUCAGGUCAGCAAAGCAUUCCUCAGUUUUAUAGAUAAUUUGCCUAAAUAGUGAGGAUGAAUAAUGCUGACUCAGGCCUGUAAAGUCGCAAAAUAAAACAUCUUUAAAAAAGCAUUAAAUCAUUACUUAAAUCAUUGCAAAAUUAUUUAUAAAAAUAAAAGCAAUUUAUUGACAUCUGAAUCAUAAAUUGCCUUUAUAAACACAUUACUUUAUAUUUCUUGAUUGACUAAACAAAUUUCAUCAAUGGAAUUCAUUUUUAUGUUGUUUUAAUUACUGCUAAUUAUGUUAUCAGCCAAUUUAAGCUAGAAUAAUGAUUAGGCAUUAAAGAAAAAAGCUUCUAGGAAGUCCACCUACGGAUUUGCCCAGUUCAGCUGCCCUAAUAUGUAUGAAAACAACAGACGGGAAAAGACCAACCCAUUCAAGUAGCUUUUGCCUGGCUUGAAAAUGUAG